AUGACGGCAGACAUCAAGAUGGCGGAGCCAGUGGCUUCGACGUCCAAACUUCCAACAGGCAACGCGGAGGGUGUACUAGCGAGUCGUACACAGGCGAAGAAAAGGCGUAUUCCAGGCGCAUGCGACAUCUGUAAACGCAAGAAGAGUAAGCGUGGCCCUAAUAGUCCCAUGACUCGUGCUGAUGGUCGCGCUCCUGGCCCUCGUACAUCAGUUCGCUGCGACAGUGGAGAACUACCCGGAAACAGGUGCAGCAACUGUAUUCAAUUGGGUCUGGAAUGUACACACAAGGAGGUCACAAAGGUGCGUCCUAUCAUUAUCAUCACUGUAAUGACGGCACGGCAAUUCCCUCGUUUGGUAUGGCUGAUUGCCUUUUCUGGAUUCGAUAGCUAUGUGGAAAGCUUGGAAAUGCGGUUAGAAAAGAUGGAUAGGCUGCUGAGGAGGUUACUGCCGGGAGUUGACUUGAACCAAGAGCUGUCCAAACCUAGCGAGCCCGCCCCUUCGCCAAAACCGUUGGAGAGGAACGACGAGACAGAAGUCCUGGGAAAGCUCAAUCGCCUCACUCUCAACCCACAAGAACGACGCUUUUUCGGAAAAUCAAGUCAGUAUGACUUGCUACAAACGGCUCUUGACCUUCGACAAGAGUUCACUGGAGAGGGUGUUGCGUACGUCCAGUCAGCAUUGCCCAUGAAGCGGCCAGAGUUCUGGGACGUGCCGAAGUGGAUGUCCUACAAUCCUGAACUUGACGAAGACCAACGGGAGUAUGCCUUCCCCGACGAAGAUCUAUACCCUUCCCUUGUCAACGCCUACUUCACCCACAUCAAUCCAUUUCUUCCCCUCUUGCACCGCCCAACUUUUGAAAAACAGAUCAAAGAUGGACUACAUUUGGAGGACUCGAUGUUCGCAAGGGUUUUCUUGAUGGUUUGUGCCCAUGGGGCACGGUAUUCCGACGAUCCUCGGGUUUUUCCUGAAGGGACUACGUCGACUUGCUCGGCCGGGUGGCAAUGGUUCGAACAGGUUCACAUUCUUCGGAAGAACCUGUUCAAUCGGACGACGCUCUUCGAGUUGCAGAUGCACGCACUUCAUGUCCUCUUCGCCUCGUCUAGCGAAACGCCACAAGGUGUUUGGGCCCAAAUUGGGAUGGCACUGCGAUUGUCCCAAGAGGUUGGAGGACACCUACGGAGGAGAAGAAAGGAUGGUACGCCUCCGACUAUUGAGGACGAGCUAUGGAAACGAGCAUUCUGGGUGAUAUUGAGUCUCGAUCGUUUAAUCAGUUCCAGUGCUGGGCGGCCCUGUGGAUUACAAGAUGAAGAUUUCGAUCUGGAUCUUCCCCUCGAGGUGGACGACGAAUAUUGGGAUCAGGGUUUCGUUCAGCCAGAGGGACAACCAUCGAGCGUAUCCUAUUUCAAUUGCUAUCUUGGCUUGAUGGAUAUCCUGGCAUAUGCUAUGAGAUUGAUCUAUCCCAGCAAACGUUCGAAGUAUGCCGGUAAAACGCGCUCGGAACAGCAGAUAAUAGCCGAACUCGACACCGCCAUGAACAACUGGAUGGAUUCUUUACCGGAGCAUCUGAAAUGGAAUCCUGGUCCCAAGAACCCGCUGUUUUUGCAGCAGUCGUCGGCACUUCAUGCUACCUAUUACCACAUCCAGAUCCUCAUUCACAGACCUUUCAUUCCCUCGCCGCGGAAUCCCAUUCCAGGAGCGUUCCCGUCCUUGGCCAUUUGUACGAAUGCGGCUCGUUCAUGUUGCCAUGUCCUCGAAGGGUUCACCAAAAUCAACUUCCUUCCUACCCAACACUUCCAGGUUAUCGCCUUUACCGCUGCGGUAAUUUUGUUACUGAAUAUCUGGAGUGGGAAGCGGACUGGGUUUGCACCGAAUCCUAGACGUGAGAUGGAGGAUGUCUCGCGGUGCAUGGAAAUGCUCAAGGCGGCAGAGAAGAGGUCGGCUUCGGCAGGUCGCUUUGUGGACCUGCUCACUGAAGUCGCAUCGGCCGGGGACCUCGAAGCCGCAAUAAAGAGAAAUGCGAGCACGACGAAGAAGUCCAAGAAGCGUUCACGGUCGGAUUCCGAGGACGCCGACGAUGCCUCCUCUACUUCGAGUGUCACCUCAGGUUCCCCCGUCCUAUCAGAAGCUCGCAAUAUAGCCGGGUCGCGCCGGGUCUCGUUGAGCCAGCAGACGAGCCCAAUAUCCCCUGUUGAACCUCCGAUCAAUUUCCUCCUCCCGAUGUAUGGGAACGACCUUGGACGACUACCUGUGUAUGGCCAGUUCAAUUUUGCAGACCCGUCGAAUGUCAACGCCUUCCUGGGCGAGCAGCUGGGUCAGAUCCAUACCUCCGUUCCAACGAAAACGUCGUAUCACUUUGACCAGCCGCCGGCAGCCCCGACGUCAAACCCUCCGCCAAACCCGAUGACCCUCACCUCCGACCCUGCUUCCGCCAUUUUCACCUCCGCUGCCGACGAUUUUGCCUUUGAUAAUAUGCUCAAGGACGCCAUGUUCAGCUGUGACGUCAUCCCGCCUUCGUUCAACCCAGCUCCUCAGGCUGGCACUAGCUCUAGUCCUCAAACUGCAAGCACGAGUAGUGCUGGAAGCAGUAGUAGCGCGGCUUCGACGUCUGCUCCACAGUUGCCGAAUUUACCCCCUCUUACCAUGUCAACGACUGAUAUUGCUGCAUUGAUCAUGCAAUGUUCGGGAGUGGAUUACACUGCGCUUCUUCAGCAGCUGUCCAUGUUGAGUCAGUUACAAAUGCAAAUGCAGCUGCAACAGCCAAUGUGGGACAUGGAGAUGAUGAAAUUGUGGUCUUCUGCCCCAGCGAACUUGGAAUUGAAUGAUUGGGACGCUUUCAUUUCGAAUGUCGGGCAACUGACGCAAUCUCAAGCUCCUACUUGA